ACUUGGUUGGUAUCGAUAUCUUCACUGGCAAAAAAUAUGAAGAUAUUUGCCCAUCAACUCAUAACAUGGAUGUUCCAAAUAUCAAGAGGAAUGAUUACCAGCUGAUAGGUAUUCAGGAUGGGUACCUCUCCCUGCUGACAGAAAGUGGUGAAGUUCGUGAGGAUCUAAAGCUGCCAGAAGGGGAUCUUGGCAAAGAAAUAGAAGGAAAAUUCAAUGCCAAUGAAGAUGUGCAGAUAUCCGUCAUAAGUGCAAUGAAUGAAGAAUGUGCUGUAGCCAUAAAGCCUUGCAAAUAGAGGAUCGCCAGGCUCGGGCAGCUGCUCAGGUCUGGACAAACCACAGAUCUAUAAAUUUGGUUCUUAUUGUCACCAAAGCUCUGGCCUUCACAAGCAACCUCAUUUCUUUUUUGAAUUGUUAAAAUGCAGUGCUGGAUUCUGGAUUAGUGUUGCAGGCUAACUGGCAGUUUUCAAAAUCACUGAGAUUUUAAUUCCUUAAUUGUAACUAUUUUAACAUUCCUGUGGGUUUCAGCUAUGGAUCUAAGAAACCAAUCAGGUGUUACUAGUGGAUAUAUUUUUAUUUGCUUGAGCAAAACAGUGUUUGUCUGUAUGAACAGACAAAAUACAGUAUUCAGGGGCUUUUAGAUAAGCUGGUAGGUAUCUAGGAUUAUAAAGUGACCUAGAGCACAAAUAGUAUUUUUCUUGACAUGUUUAGGUAGAACUGACAAUAAAAGUAGCAUUUUUUUUUUUUUUUAAAGCUUAAGUAUUUUGUGGAUUGGGACUCUUGCAGAACUGUAGGUGCCAAUCGCAACUUUUAGACCAAGAAACUCAAGUGAUCAAAAAUGCCAGCUGGCUUGACCAAGCCCCAGUGGCCAUGUGCAACUUAACUGUAUUACCUCUAUUCUUCUUUGCCAACUUGUUGGCUUAUUGUAAUGAUAAAAUGGUGUCAAAGCCUACCUGUGGUUUAGGCAGGCAGUUGGAAUAUUGGGUAGAUAAGACAUAGACAGGUCAAGGGGACACAAAGGUGAGAAUGGACGUUAAAGCUAUAGACUUUCACUCGAGGCCUUUGUCAGACUUGAAAAAUAAAAUAGAAAAAUGCAGUUCAA